CCGUCGCGUCACCGACCGCUCGUGCUUGCGUUGCGUAUGAUAGCAACCCCUCGUCCGACGGUAGCGUCUCGCGUCACCGCCGCAUCCCGCAUCGUUGUCCGCCUACACCGCUCCGGCCGCAGCCUUGGCAAGUGCCUUCACACGCGCUGGGUCAGGUGCAGCAGCAGCCAGUGCGCAAGCGGGAGGCGAGUUCACGGGAAGAGAGGAGCUGGUGGCGAUGAAGGUGGUGGAGCUCAAGGAGGAGCUGGGCGAGCGUGCCGAGGCCCUCUCAGGCAACAAAGUGAGCGAGUAUUUGGAGAGCGCCGCGGGCGCCGACGGAGCCAGUAGAAU